CCGAGAGAGAGGCGAGUGGACGAGCCACGCGACGAUUGGAAACCGCACGGAGGACACCGCGCCGAAUAAGGACGACAAUUAGUUUUAGUAUAAAAAAACAUAUAAAAUAACUUUGUGAUAUUAUAUCAUAUAAGAAGAUCUAAAAGAACGUAAAUCACAAGAGAAACGGAGUUAACGUCAUCAAACAAUGAUUACUAUUACACUGGUACUGGUUAUUAUACUUCUUAUAUUGAUACAUCAAUAUAAUUUACAUUAUGGAAAGAGAGGACGACUUCUAAAUCUUAUUCCGGGACCACCAGCUCUACCAGUGUUAGGAAAUAUACUUCUCUUCACUGUUCCAAAUGAAAAACUAUUACACACAAUAUGUAAAGUACAAGAUCAAUACUAUCCAAUCGUAAGAGCUUGGUUAUGUCAUAUGCCAUUCGUAUUUAUUCGUCAUCCAGAUGAUAUGAAAAUUAUAUUAAACAACAUACAGUGUAUCGAGAAAAGUGAUCUGUACAAAGUAAUGCGAUGUGGAUUUGGAGACGGUCUUGUGACCAGCGGAGGUAGCAAAUGGCAUGCACGAAGGAAAAUAAUAACACCGACAUUUCAUUUUCAUAUUUUAAAGCGGUUUGUUGAUAUUUUCAUUAAAGAAAAUAAUCACAUGAUUACGGCUUUAAAAGAUGCUAAAGGACCAGUUGUGAAAGAGAUACUGCCAUUUAUAAGCAGCCACAUGCUCAACAUAAUAUGCGAAACAGCUAUGGGCAUCUCUUUAACUAAUUCCGCGGGCCAAAAUUUUUGUCAUGAUGUUUAUCAGAUGUGUGAAAUCAUCACCUACAGAUUUCAAAGGAUCUGGUUGCAUAACGAGUGGAUAACUGGACUGUUACCAAUAGGUAAAAGACAGAAGAAACUUCUGACUAGGUGUAAAAGCUUUUCACAAAAGAUUAUUACGGAAAGAAAAUUGUAUCACGAACGUACUAACGGUCGAUAUUUAAAAAAUAUCGAAAGUGAUACGUUUACACAAGUAAAUGGCUCAGAAGACAGUGAAAGUAAAAAUAAACGACUCGCUUUGUUGGAUUUAUUGAUAGCCAUGUCACAGGAAAAUAAUUUAACUGAUUCAGACAUCAUGGAAGAAGUCAGUACAUUUAUAGCUACGGGAUAUGAUACUUCGACGUCGGCAAUAUAUUUUGCCUUAAUAAUGUUAGCCAAACAUAAAGAUAUUCAGGAUCGCGUUAGAGUGGAAGUUAAUAAUAUGUUCAAAGAGAAUGACGAUAAAGUUACCAUGUCAUCGUUGCAAAACUUACCAUAUUUAGAUAGAUGUAUAAAGGAAACAUUGCGCUUGUACCCAAGUGCACCUAUUAUAAUGAGAUUGACAACGGAAGAUGUAAAAUUACAUUCAUACACAGUACCUUCAGGAACAAACAUAUUACUUAAUAUAUAUGCAAUGCACAGAGAUCCCAAGUUCUGGCCGAAUCCAGAACUAUUUAAUCCUGAUCGAUUUUUACCACAUAAAAGGAAAAAUUAUCAUCCUUUUUCUUAUUUGCCGUUUAGCGCGGGACCAAGAAAUUGCAUAGGUCAACGUUUUGCAAUGUUAGAAAUAAAAGCUACACUUGCUUUUUUAAUACACAAUUUUUACUUAGAGCCUGUGGACUAUUUCGAAGAUACGGACGUAAUGGUGAAGGUGACUCUUUGCCCUACUUACCCAAGUCGUAUAAGAUUUGUUCCUUUCGAUACAAAAUAAUUAAAAAAAAACAAAAAAAUAUUUAUUUUAUACUAUUUGUUUAUAUAUGUAUAUAUAUUUU